AUGGAAUCUAACACGCUUCUUCACAGACUAUUCGCUGAUCACCAAGAGCCAGUUGGUGACCGAGUGAAUUCGUACUUCAAACUCGAAACGCUCGGGGUUAUCCUAAAAGCCCUCACACCUGACGAGCUCUCUCUCAUCCAGCCGUCAUUUGGGAAGUUGCUCGAAAUGUAUCACAAACCCGCUCACUCCGGCAAACUCGCACAUUUUCUACUGACACAUCAGUUGAAGACCGAGAAAAAGCAUGAGCUGUGGUUCAUUUUCGGCGGGAAGCCGGUCAAAUUCUCUAUCCGCGAGUUCGCGAUUGUCACAGGCUUAAACUGCAAACCCAUUUCACCUCCUCCUCGGGAAAUGCUUAAGUGUAAACCCGGAGAAGUCCCAUACUGGUUCACUUUAUUCGGGAGUGACGAAAAUGUCACCGGGGAGAAACUGGAGGCAAUGCUAAGGUGUUCCAAAAACCUGUCCAGCGAGAUGAAAGUCAAAUAUGCAUGUCUACUCAUAGUUGAUGGACUGCUUUUCCGCAAAUCCACAGGCAUGAAGAUCCUCAAAGACCACGCGGAGAUGAUCAGAGACCUUAACUAUUUUCUCAGCUUCCCUUGGGGCCGGUAUUGCUUCGAUAUGACUGUUCAGUGCAUCAAAUCACGCACCACCACUCAGCUAGCACAGCCUACCGUUGCCGUUCAGGGUUUUAUUCACGCCGUCCAGUUGGUUCUUCUUGAGGCGGUCCCAGCAGCGCUGAUGACGACGGGGGGAGAAAGCGGGAGCGAGUCGGAGGAGGAAGAGUGUGCUACAGCCAGCACUCUCAAACUCGAUAAGCUCUGGGAUCUGGAUUCGUCGGGCCAGGUAAAACAUUGA